CCAAAUCCAAAUUAUAGAGUGACUCAUCUCUCUCUCAUCACCGAGACACCAAUUUUUCUCUCUUUCUAUUUUUAUCUCCUUUCCUUUUUCGUGUCUUGUAAUAAUUACACCAAAAACAUAUAUAUAUAACCCAAAUAUAAUGAACAAAAGAGGAAAACAAAUAAUGUCAAGGCUUCACGUUGAUCAACUUGACCAAUUAAGGAAUAUAUUUUCAAGAUUUGACAUGGACAAUGAUGGUAGCCUUACUCAGUUAGAGUUCGCCGCACUAUUACGUUCAUUAGGGCUAAAGCCCAAUGGGGACCAAAUCCAUGUUCUAUUUGCCAAAAUGGAUUCUAAUGGAAAUGGGUCUGUGGAAUUUGAUGAACUUGUCAAUGCAAUUACGCCUGAUUUGAUUAAUGGAGAAGUUUUGGUAAAUAAGGGACAGCUUUUGGAAGUUUUUCGAUCGUUUGAUCGCGAUGGAAAUGGGUACAUUACGUUGGCGGAGCUGGCAGGAUCAAUGGCUAAAAUGGGUCAGCCAUUGUCGUACCGCGAACUAACUGAGAUGAUCAAAGAGGCUGAUGUUGAUGGAGAUGGUGUUAUUAGUUUUAAUGAAUUUGCAACUGUAAUGGCUAGGUCUGCCGCAGAAUUUCUUGGAGUUCCUAUUUUAUAGUCUUAUGAACUAAGGUCGAUUUGUUCAUUACUCCAUUAUUUUUAUCAGCUCAGCUGUACAAAUAUCAUAAUUUUCUGCAUAUCAAUGUAUAUUUUAGACUUUGUUUUCUUUUCCCUCAAA